UCCAUCCCCUUCUGGCGCCUACCUCGGGAGCUCUUGGCCAGCCCUCCUCACGCACCAUGUCUCGGCAGUCCACCAUCACCUUCCAGACCGGCAGCCGCAGGGGCUUCAGCACUGCUUCAGCCACCACCCCAGCCUUGGGUCGCUCCCGUUUCAGUUCCGUCUCAGUGGCCCGCUCCACGGGGGGCAGUGGAGGAAUGGGCAGGAUCAGUGGCACUGGGGCUGGCUUUGGAAGCCGCAGCCUCUACAACCUGGGGGGGACCAAGAGGGUCUCCAUUGGUGGGUGUGGCAGCAACUUCCGAAGUGGCUUUGGCAGCAGGGCUAGUGGUGGAUUUGGUUAUGGGGGUGGCAUUGGAGGAGGCUUUGGUGGCCCGGGAUUCCCCGUAUGCCCUUCUGGAGGCAUCCAAGAGGUCACUGUCAACCAGAGUCUCUUGACUCCCCUCAACCUGCAAAUUGACCCCACCAUCCAGAGGGUGCGGAAGGAGGAGCGGGAGCAGAUCAAGACCCUCAACAACAAGUUUGCCUCCUUCAUCGACAAGGUGCGCUUCCUGGAGCAGCAGAACAAGGUCCUGGAGACCAAGUGGACCCUCCUGCAGGAGCAGGGCGCCAAGACCGUGAGGCAGAGCCUGGAGCCCCUCUUUGAUACCUACAUCAGUGACCUCCGUCGGCAGCUAGAGGGGAUCACCACGGAGAGGGGCAGGCUGGACGCUGAGCUGAGGAACAUGCAGGAGGUCGUAGAAGAUUUCAAAGUCAGGUACGAGGAUGAAAUUAACAAGCGCACAGCCGCUGAGAACGAGUUCGUUGCCCUGAAAAAGGAUGUGGAUGGUGCCUACAUGAACAAAGUGGAGCUAGAGGCCAAGGUUGACUCUCUGACAGACCAGAUCAACUUCCUCAGGAUGAUCUUCGAGGCAGAGCUGUCCCAGAUGCAGACCCAGGUCAGUGACACAUCCGUGGUCCUCUCCAUGGACAACAACCGCAGCCUGGACCUGGACAGCAUCAUUGCUGAGGUCAAGGCCCAGUAUGAGGACAUCGCCAACCGCAGCCGGGCAGAAGCUGAGUCCUGGUACCAGACCAAGUACGAGGAGCUGCAGGUCACAGCGGGAAGGCAUGGGGAUGACCUCCGCAACACCAAGCAAGAGAUCUCCGAGAUGAACCGCAUGAUCCAGAGGCUGAGAGCUGAGAUCGACGGCGUCAAGAAGCAGUGCGCCAGCCUGCAAACGGCCAUCGCUGACGCGGAGCAGCGUGGGGAGCUGGCCCUCAAGGAUGCGCGGGCCAAGCUGGUGGACCUUGAGGAGGCCCUGCAGAAGGCCAAGCAGGACAUGGCCCGGCUGCUGCGUGAGUACCAGGAGCUGAUGAACGUCAAGCUGGCCCUGGACGUGGAGAUCGCCACCUACCGCAAGCUGCUGGAGGGCGAGGAGUGCAGGCUGAGCGGAGAAGGAGUCUCUCCAGUUAACAUCUCUGUAGUCACCUCCACCGUUUCCAGUGGCCAUGGCAGUGGCAGCAGCAUUGGAGGCGGAAGUUUGGGUCUCGGUGGGGGCAGCAGCUACUCCUUCACCACCAGUGGUGGGCACAGCCUGGGAGGUUCUGGAUUCACUGCCAGUAGCAGCCGGGGCCUGGGGGGCAGUGGCUCUAGCGUCAAGUUUGUCUCCACCACAUCCUCCAGCAGGAAGAGCUACAAGCACUGAACACAGCCACGCAGCACCCUCCCCGCAGCCUGAAGCCUGUUUGCACUCAAACCUAAACCUGGACAUCCGGUUCCUUCUCCUUGUCUCCCUUCCACAAGGUCCAUCUAUGCUGCUGGGAAGCCUGGAGACCUGGCUGAAUCCCACUCCCUGGCAGAAGGCCGUCCCCAGGCUGGUCCUUGCACCUGUUUUGUGCUAGCUAUGCAAAAACCAAAGCCCUCUUUCUUCCAAGGUUCACAUGAAGCCUAUCUUGCAAGACCUGGUCAGUCUGCAAACACCUCUUCAGUUCCCCCUUCCUCCCUCCCUCCAGUUGCAGUGAUGGGGAGCCUGUGUCUCCAAGGCUGUCUCAACGCCAGGCUGUCCCUGUCUGUCUCAGGGUGCUUAUAAGCUGCCUGCUGGUCUGAGUGCUCCUGUUCCCUCCCUGGAAUGCGUCUAUUAAAUGCAUGUGUAAUG